GAUCCAAUCUAGGUCCAACUUCCAGACGGUGCUAGUGAGGCGGGCGGGCUGUGCGUUAAUGAAACACCAGCGUCGCUGAAGCGCGCAGAUGAUGCACAGGGUGUCUCAGUCACCGUAGCACCGGAGAGCAGAGCACUACCGUGGUGAUUUGCAGCGGUUUGGUCAAGCUAUGACAAUGAACGCUACAGCAGGACUACAAAAGUGGCAGAUUGAUACUCUGUCGAGACUGUACAUAUCGACGCUGAGUUUCAGUUUGUUGGGAAGCUCUUCUGUAGUGCUUCUGUCCAUCAUCAAGAGGCGUUACCUCAAUGAACAGGUCAAGCCUCUGGUCCAGCUCGGCUUGGCCGACUUCCUGGCCUCUGCCAUCCUCAUGGGCACAAACAUCAUCAAUGUCCUGCCGCUGUCUGCAGGGGUGCGGUCCAACGUCCUGCUGUGUGAGCUGGGACUCUCUCUCUCCCUGAUGUUCUACUGCAUCUCGUUCCUGAUGGCGAUUCUCUACGCCUGCGAGUCUACAUUUGCCACACAGGGCUGGAGAGAGAGGCCAGAGCAGGGAGACCAGCACGAGAUCAGGAGGAGGAGGAGGAGGUUUGGGAUAUUCUACGCCAGUGUCUGGUUGGUGCCGAUGAGUGCGUUCGUUGUGUAUGCGGUGACCAUGAGCACUACCAUGGUGGAGAUGGUGCCUGCAAGCGCAGACAGUAGCCUCAACAGGGGUCUUCCUACUUCUGAAUACUGCACCAGCUGCCUGCUGUUCCUUCACAUAGGAAAGGAUAACUGCUCUGAUGUGGAUGAAGGACAUGACAUGUUUGUGAGGGGAUUUAUCUUCGCCAGUCUGGUGUCCGUGUUAGUCAUCUGCACGGUGGUGUAUUGUAAGCUGCACAGUUGGUCUCGUCAGUAUGAGAAUCAGUCAGAGGUGAGGGGAGCCCUGAACUCAGCACGCUACAUCAUGUUCAACAUCAGCAUCUGUUGGAGUUCAGCUCUUCUUCUCCUCUGUCUGUCCUUCAGAAAGCAGAUCACUCAAGACCAGCUUUUUCCGCUCUAUGUCUUACAGACGUUGUCCGUGUCCCUCCACGGUUUCCUGAACAGCAUCGUGUACGCCUGGCGUAGGCCCAACUUCCGGGAGGCCGUCCUGGGGGAGCGGCUGCCCCUGCUCUCCUCGCCCCCCUCCAGCCGGGCCUACUUUGAGGAGUCGCUUCCCACACUCCACACACCCUGCUGACCACCAAGCAGCAGGACAACCAAGCUUUUCAUGAAGGACAAAGGCACUCCAAGAGGACUGAGAGAGUGAUGAGAGACUGAGAGAGAAGAGGAGAGGCUGAGAGAGUGAAGAACUGACCGCCUUUUCACUUUAGACCGUUUUUUUGAGGCUGAGAGAGUGAAGGACUGACCGUCUUUUCACUUUAGACCAUUUUUUGGAGGGUGAGAGAGUGAAGGACUGACCGCCUUUUCACUUUAGACCUGUGUUUUGUUGCUCAGUCAGUUAUCAUUUUCAGUGGCACCAAAGUAGCAAUUUGUGAUCAUGUGCCUGACCACACCUGUUUUUUCCCCAUUGACAUGCCAGUGGAUGUGCAAAGUUCAUUUGCCAUUUGCACAAUGUGGGACUCUGGCGUAAAACGGAUAAUUGCUACAAACUAGCAAAGAGUUGCGUCUGGUGCCACACUGCCACUGGGAGAAGAGGACAGGAGAGACGGAGAGCGCUGCACAGAUGUUCUGUGGAGUAAAACUAAGCUGCUGAUCUGGGUGACAAGAGCAGUCCAAGACACACAUACACACACACACACACACACACACACACACACACACACACACACACACACACACAC